AUGGCAUUUGUGAACGAGGCAGAGAAGGGAACGAGAGCCGACAGUGCACCGAAUGAAUCGAGCGUCCCCACCACGCGACCAGAAGCGGACGAUUUUGCCCAUGGAACCAGCAUUCAGACCUCAGCUGUCGCUUUGCAAGAGAAUAUGCGUAUGCCCGAGGGCGAACAGGAACAGGCUGUCCAGGGUACUGUUGUGGACGCGAAGGAGGCAGAGCCGCAGCCAUCACCACAACAGUUAAGCCUUGGACAAGAACAACAAAUUCGGCAGCCAGAUUCGAAACCGGAGGCUGGCGGGCCUACAUCGAUAUCACCAGAGGAGGCUGGCCAGUCGAGUAUCGGGGCGUCCGUAGAGGGCCAGCCUUCAGUAUCCUUAUCCCAAUCUACGUCUUCAAACGAUGGACCUACUUUACUCCUCAAUAUCCUGCUUACCUCCGGCGGCAAGCAUCCUUUUAAACUGGAUGGCAAAUAUCUACGGAAACGAGAGGUUAAUGUUGCUGACAACGACCCGUUCUCCAUGUCUGUAUAUACAUUAAAAGAAUUAAUAUGGAGGGAAUGGAGGUCAGACUGGGAACCUCGUCCAUCCUCUCCGGCAGCUAUCCGACUUAUAUCCUUUGGAAAGCUAUUGGAUGACAAGUCGCCACUCUCUGAAUGCAGAUUCAACCGAGAAGGCCCAAAUGUGGUCCAUAUGACCAUCAAGCCACAAGAGAUAGUCGACGAAGAAGAUGCAAAAGCCGCCAAAAGCACCCAGAGCCGGGAGCAUGAAGAGGGAGAAAGAAGCCCCGGCUGCCGCUGUGCUAUAUUAUAA